AGUGUUUCUCAGUCUCUCUCUCUCUCUCUCUCUCUCUCUCUCUCUCUCUCUCUCUCUCUCUCUCUCUCUCUCUCUCGUGGCACGCUGCUUCCUCCUACAAUAGUCAAACUAAAUGAAAAGAUGUUGACUGUGUUGAGGAGACUUCAGAUAUUACUGCUUCACUCAUGUUAACCGUCAAAAACAGCAUGUUGUCGGUAUGCCUCGGUGUUUUCUCUGAAACUAGCCGAGGAUGAGAGAUUAUUUCCAGAGAUGUAGUCAGGGCUGCACACCUCUGUUACUUGGAAACCCUCAGAAAAGUCUCCGCGGAAAGUUUUUCUCUUCGGAUAGGAGAAGCCUUGAGACAAAGCGGAGGCCACGGGGCUCUUUUCUCUCCACUUCCAGUAAGUUACACUUAUUCACAUUAACUUUGCUCUUACAGAAAGUAUUGGUUUGACAAACAAAGCUGGACUCCUGUGUUAAAUGAGUCCUCCGAGUCUUUCUUGCACGUAUUUACUCACAGAGUCUUAAUGCAGAUUUUUGUAUUUUAAGAACUAUAUUUAAUGCGUUUUACAACAGGCUUAAGUUUAUUUCAUAACCCCGCUCAAACUGUGCUGAACUUGAAGACUGUCAGUUAUUACAUAAGAGCAGAGAGGAGGAUGUCAUGUAUGGGUCCAUGUACUGGAACAACAGUUACUUGACCACCGUCUGUAAAGUUAAACAUUUAAAGACAAGUCUGAAAUUAUAUUUGGAUGCCAAGAACUAAGACUAUAUAAUUUGAUAGCCUAUGCACAUUAGCAAUUGCUCAAUGCAUUAACUUUUAAAAUCAUACACAUAUAAGUUUCUUUAGAUCCGUAUUAUGCCUCUGUGCUUUCAUUUGAGUAUGCAUCUUGAUGGAUUAUUGGACUUAGAAUCAAUCGCAACCGUUUGACAGAUGCGACUCUAGAAUAACAUGUUGCACAAAAACAUGAUCUGCUUAUGAAAAUUAUAUCAGUGGUUGAAAAGCUUAUGAUACUUUUGCAAGAAUAUAAUGCUCAUUCAGUCAGUUAAUCUGUAUUAUUUAUAUUGCACCUAAUAAUAACAAAAUUUAUCAAUGAAGUCUGCAGAUGGAGCAGGUCUUUUCCCAUAUUAUUUUCAAACACCCAACAUUAAGCCACCAUUUGUAGCUUGGCAACAGUGGCAAGAUAGGGCUGGGUGAUAUGGGGAAAAGUUUAUCACGAUAUAUUCUUUACGUAUCAGUCGAUAUCGAUAUAUCACAAUAUAAAAAUGAAAUUUAACAGUGCUCAUUGGUAGCAUGUCUUUUGCAAUACAAUAAGUUACUGCAUCUGUGAGGUCUUUGCGUCUCUUCGACGUUUUGUCGUAACGCGUUGCGCAAGAGAAAGUGGACUGAAUGGUAGGCUGUUUUCGGUGUGAUGGCUGCCUGUAGCUGCAGUCUGCUACGACACCGUUGUUGGCUACUUGGUUCUAAUUCAGCACAUGAUUGGUUCAGUGCAAAGCUGAUCCAGAGCAGCUCCCCUUUUCAUUGGCUAUUUGUAUAGUCUACCAAAACAUGGCAGAAUGUCAACUAUUGAAAAGCAGAUUGACCAUGUUUUAUAUUGAUACCGAGGGAAAAUUAAUUUUCAAUAUAUAUUGUUAUCGAUUUAUCGCCCAGCCCUAUGGCAAGAUACAAAAAAAAUAUAUGUUUUUAACAGGUAGAAACUUGAAGUAGAGUCAGACUCAUUGUUGGACAGCCAUCGGAUUUGACGAGAUAAUCAGAGAAAGUAUACUGCCCUGUAGAACUUGAGUUAGAACAAUACUGCGUGCAGGAUCUUCACAUGUACUCAGUGUGCUUAAACAGUGUUAUGUCUUAAUGUACUUUAUUUUUCCACUUGUCAGUGAUAAUGGAGGAAACUCGGUCCUGAGCGAUACAAUGUCUUGGGAGGAGUUCAUCGAGCUCCGUGACCUGAGGUCAGAGCAGAUAGAGCUGACAGGCUCUCGGUCACCAUGCUUUCCUCCACGGCUGGAGAGAACCAACGCCCUGAGGAUCAGCCCAGGAAAGGUGCCCGACCUGCUGAGCAGGGUGGGCAUCAUCAGAGUCCUGAGCAGCUCCCAAGACCCCCAGAUACCUGAGGAGAAAGGAGAGGGACACAACUUCCAGCCCUGCAGCCACGCUCAGCCCACAUGGUGCGACCUGUGCGGAGACUUCAUCUGGGGCCUGUACAAGCAGAGCCUGCGGUGUGUCAGUGAGUCAGCUCAUGUAGGAUGUUUGUGUGACUUCCUUUAAGUAUAUGUAUUAUACCAAAUGUGGCAAGACUGAGAGUUAGAGGAAAUUUGGUUAAAUGAUGAAAGAUGUAGCCUCUAAUGUAGGUGUAGCCUCAAAAGUCCCCGAAUUCAGCCUUAAUCAUAGCCUUUACUGCUUCAUCUACCAUUACAGACAUAUUCUCUGCUUAAAGCUGCAGUUGAAAUAAAUGGGAAGUCUUUCACAGAGGCUUAAUACCAGGACUAUGGUAUCAGUUGGUUUACUGAUUAUUAAAGUUGAGGAUCCUCUAAAAAUCUGUAUGCUGCCUUUGCUCAAAAUGUAUCUGAGAGCUGCAGUCACCCUAAGCUUCCGUUUUCGUCAUGUGAAACCCACUGACUUCUGGCUGUGGUUAGGUUUUUCAUUUAAAGCACCUACUGUGUGGGACAAAAGUAUCUUCACAGAAACAUGACAACACUGACCACAAUCAGUUUAUAAUGACUCACACAACAAAUUAAGUGACAGUAGCUGUGAAAAAAAGAGAUUGAGAAAUAUACUGUAAACAAGUCUGUAUGUACAUCAGGAGAGUUAAUAAUAAACACAGGAGGACUUUGGGUAAUUAUCGUGACAAUCAACACUUCCCUUUUAGACUUGCUCUAUGUUUUCUUAUGUAUUAAUUUGGCAUUAUACGUCCGAACUAAGUAACUUUCUGUUUCUGCAGAUUGUAGAUUCACAUGUCACUACCGCUGCCGUGCACUGAUCCGCCUGGACUGCAGCUGGGACAGAGGCUCUCUGUCUGACCACACAUGUGUGGUGGAGCACACGGUAGAGACUGACACGAAUGUGGUAAGAACCUUUUGUUUCUGCAGUACUACCAAGUAGUUUUCACUUGUUCCCAUGCAGCCUUUUCUCACAACCGUAAGUGCAAAGAGUCACUGAUUACUUGCUUUCAGUGACAACUUCAGCAUGCAGGAAAUUAAUAGAGAUUUUACUGAUAAAUUCAGGUUGGAAAUUAGAAAAUAAGAGAGACACUGGUUUCCUUAACAGGCCUCUAAAGUUAACAUGCAACUCAAGCCAAACUCACAACCUACUGGCAGAUAUCUUCAAUCACUGGCUAAUUUUAUACCUCUGAGAAUGGAUGCCAACUUUUCAGUCAUUCUUGUGCAUCCAGCGAUUAGUUUAAAGCACUUCCAGCCAGGAUUUGUUUUCCCAUGCUGAGUUUGCAUAAAUUCAGUCUAUUCUUGUUCCACCACAUCCCUCUAGGUAAGUACCCGUUCAUCUGGUUUAGGUGUCAUUUCAGCAGAGGAUAGACACUUCACACCAGCCUACUAAGCUGUAUGAACCUGAAAAAUAAACCUAUUAACACACAAUUUAUGGGUCUCGAGUUUGCUGAGAUAAUACCAUUAUGAAUCAAGGUGCAGUGUAUAGUAGUUAACAGUAUUUAGGUAGUCUUCUUCAUCUGAUUUAAGUACUGUAACUCGCUCCUUUGUGGUUAUCACCUAAAACCCUAUCUUGCCUCCAUCUGGUUCAGAACACAACAUCACCCCUGUGCUUGCUUCUCUCCACUGAGUCUCUGUUUGUUUAAGUAUUGAUUUAAAGAUUUUACACUUCUGACACUUGUCUGGGUCUUGCCCUUUAGUUAAAUUGGCUUAGCUCUUAGUUCCCAUAAGUAAUCUUGGAGCCUAAGCACCUCAGAUGGGACCCUUUUGCUUUUGCCAUCGGGGAACCUAGACUAUUGAGUGACCUGCCUGAGGAGAUGAGGAGUGCAAAGUCAUAAACGUCCAUCAGAUAUCUUCUUAAAACCAACUUUUACAGACUUAAUUUAAUAUAAUUUCAAAAUUUUUAUUUUCUCUCUUUCAUCUUCCAUGUUAUAUCUCUACUGUCAUGUGUUGUCUUCUGUUCUCUUGUUAAUCUGAUCUCAUUGCUUUCAUUUCUCUAUUUUCAUGUUGAGUUCACUUUUUGUGUUUGCAUUAUAUUGUUCUCUCUUUUCUGUUUUUAUUUUUCCUGAUUUGAUGUCUUCUUUUUUAUCUUUUUAUCAUCUUUUGGUUUAAUUCUUUCAUUAAACCUUAAUAUUUGCUCUGCCGUAACAUUUACCACCUUUCAAGAUCAGCCUGUUUAAUCACUUUUUUACUUCUAAAUAGCUUAAAUUCCUAUCUUGAAAUAUGAUGUUCAAUUUUCAGGAUUUUUCACUGCCUGGCUUGCUGCUGAGUUAUUAUUUCUUGCCAUGGCUUUGUCUAUUUAAACACUUCUAACAUAUGUUUUUAAAAGUGCUAAAUAAAUGACAUUAUUAUAAUAAUUAUAAUUACUACUACUAUAAUAUUUGUCAGUAUUUUCAAAUGAGUGUAUAAUCACCUAAAUGUAAAAUUUGUAUUGUUUUGUUACUUGCAAUGAAUUUUUUUAUAUUUUCAUAAGCAGAGGGUGGCCACAGAGGCUACGAUGUUUCUACAGUAGGACACUUUCACACAUGUUUUUAUAUUGAGUGGCUGUAUGAAAUGCACCAGUAGGAAGUCAGAGAAGAAGAGCAAGGUAGUUGUGUGCAAAACAAAACAAACAAAAUGUAUUGAUAACCAUAUUGAUGGAUUAGUAUCACAUUAGUUUCUGUGAGUAACUGAUGAGAGGGGUGAUCAGAGGAGUGUUUUAAUACAAAAUCUGACUGCUAGAUAUUGUUAAAUACUCUCAUUUUAACACAGUUUACCUUGAAGAUUUGUGAAAGGUGAAAAUGCAAACUUUCAGGUUGGAGUUAGUAUGGAAAAACAAACAGACUUUUUGUUUGUUUGUUUGUUUGUUGGAGGAGGGUCAAAUAGGUCAUUUCUAAUGCAUUGCAGGCUGGGAAAUCUAACUGCUGAUAGACUUUGCAGAAUAGUGUCAAGCACAUUUAAAGUUUAGAUUUUUGAUCUUGAAACGCUCUUCAGCUUCAUCAGUUAAUACAAAAUAAUGGCCAGCUGGUAGUCAGGAUUUCACUGUAACUGUGUGUGUGCUCUGUAUUUCUUUCAUAAACCAAAGCCGGUCAAAGUGUUGUCAGUCAGUGCUUUCUGAACAACAAAUGCACAACAAAAAGAAACCAAAACCCUCCCCACAAUAGAAAAGCAGACCCCCAUAUGCAGAUUCUACAAUUCUUAGCAGAAUCUGUGAACAGAGACCACUAAUGUGCUGACCGGAUCGUGUGGUGGUGUGGCCGGGCUAAUUUAAGGAACGUGUGUUGUCUUAUGACCAGAACAGGAACUUAAUUUUAUGACAGUAAACACACAUCCUCCACAUAGUUCCACUAACUGUACGUGUUUCAGUUAAAGCUACCCUAGUAUGUUAGGUUUAAGUGUAGAUUAGCUUUUGUUCCUCAUGCAGGGUAAGAUAAUGCCAGUUAUGAGAACAACUAGAAUUACUGUAUGGGAAAGUUAUCAUAUUAGAAGGGAAAUACUCUGAAAAUAUCAUCACAGACAGCACCUUUUGCAUGGUCUGGACAGUGAGAAAAGGUACAUUUUGUUUCAUAAAUGUAUUCUUUUUUGAUUCUUAAAAAGGCACAUUUUCAGUGAUGAUGAAGUUUACUCAUAGCUUAAAGCUUCAUCCCUCUUUUUCCCCCUACAGUCUUUAUCAAGAGGUCAGUCAAGAUUACGAUGAGUUGUUUUUCAAGGCAGCAGUGUUUGGUCUCCCAGUAAAGGUUAUAUCCUCCCUAUCAAGCACUCCAAUGCUUAUCAAAAUGUGCCUGGAAUGUAAAAACUUCAACAAGCUGUGAGCGGAGUAUAACCAGUAUCACUUUGCUCUUGAAGCCUUUUGCAUGUAUACGUUUUGCCUUUGGUUGAAUCAUGAUCAUGUCAGAACAGCUGGAGUGUGUCUAGGUGUAACCUGUUCCCAUGUAUGAAGCAAUACUUGCAAAUGCAGCAAACAAAGAAUUGCGAAAAAAUAUGACCAACUCCUAGACGUGUGAGACACACAGAAAGAUACUUAAAGGAUUUCAGUGCCAGUUGUAAUGGAUACUUCUGGUUUUAUGCAUUGUGUUAUUACCUGAGACAAUUAAAAAAGAACACCGUGGGUGGGAUGUUAAGGAGAGGUUGUUUAUGAAUCUUUAAAUCAUAGCUGCCAACACGAAGCCUUUAAUUUGGGCUUUAAAUGCAGGACAUUUUCUAGCAGAGCUGAGAGAUGCUUUCAUUACCUGGUUGUAGUUUUCAUACGCCAGGUUUUUUCUACAAUUAUGAACACCAAGGCAACAUGUUUAAGUGCAGUAAAGGAAUACUGAGAAUGGUUCAGCUAAGCGGGUUGUUUGCUGGACUUUCACAUUUCCCUUUACCUUUGAAACUGACCUAGUUAACCAGGUUAAAUAACCCAGCCUUUGCCAGAAAAAAAACACAGGCCAACAUGUCAAAGCUUGUUAAGUCUUUGAGAGAAGGGUUAUGGGUGUAACAUUAGGCCUUAUGAACAACAUUUACUCACCUCAGUAGAUGGUAAACAGCAUUGGACUAUAAUUAUUUUCAGUCACGUUUUAGUGUCUGAUGGUUAAUAUUUUUAUUCUACUGGUGUUAAAGGGAUAUUCUGGCGUAAAAUUAGUUUAGGGUCAAACACACCAUAACACAGAGUUAGACACCCCGUCCAGAGAUGAGUGUUGCCGACCGCUUGCCGCUUAAAGUUAUACCAACUUUAGAAGUGAACACAGAUAGCAAUACAGAGAGCCACGCGCUCAACAAAAAAAGCCACUCUAUAGCCACAAAUGAUGCUCAGAACAGCACCUAACUUCAUCAACAGUGGAUAUAGGGUCCCAGCCACAGCACUAGCCGCCAAACAUCUUUUUAACUUUGCCUGAUUUCUUUACCAAAGAGACUAAAUACAACUCGCCCUCUCCUCUCCAGCAGCCGCUUAUUUGUAUCAAGACCUCAGGCCAGUCCAUUACAGACCACAGUGGAGUUUCGCAGCUCAAGGAAGAACAUUUAUGAUCAUUUCGUCAUGGAAAUACAAUCAGACCGAGACGCUACGGCAGAAGAACUACUGCGUUUGUAGUGCAAAAUGAUUAAUAUGAUGAUUAUUACUUUAAGGAAAUGAUAAAGUAAUGAUCACAAAUGUUCUUCCUUGAGCUGCGAAACUCUGCUACAGUCAGUGGACUCGCCUGGAGGUCUCCAUACAAACAAGCGGCUGCUGGAAUAGAGUAGGUGAGUUGUGUUUAGUCUCUUUGCUAAAGAAAUCCAGCAAAGUUAAAAAGAUGUUUGGUGGCUAGUACUAUGGCUGGGACCCUGUAUGUACUGUUGAUGAAGUUAGGUGCUGUUCUGAGCAUUAUUUUUGGCAUUAGAGAGGCGUUUUGAUGGAGCACGUGGCUCUAUGUAUGGUCGCUACUAAAGUUGGUGAAACUAGAGAAGCAAGCGGUCGUCAACAUUCAUCUCUCUUGGGGGUGUCUAACUCGGUGUUAUGUGUGUUUGACCCUAACUUAAUUUUACGCUGGAAUAUCCCUUUAAGUCACACGAUCCAAGAGCUGUACCUCUUCUCAUGUUUUAGCCUCUGAUGGGUAAUAAUUUUACCCUCCUGAUGUUAAACAAGAGACAGUAAGCUUUACUUUUUUGUGUGUGGGUUGACGAAACCCUCAAAGUAUUAUAUCUUAAGUAUGUCUUACUAAUUUGAGUGAAAGUAUAAUUCACACGUGGUCAGUUAGCCUGAAACCAGACUGCCUCUCAUCACAUGAUUUGGUUGAAGAAGAAGAAGCUGCAGCAUCCGUGGGAGAGGGAGGGGGUUUCAUGGGGGAUGGGAGUCAGGGGUCUUCGGUAUUUCCCCUCGCCGUCCAAUCGCCGUCGGCCCCGGUGGUUUUGUGUAUUUUCCAAUCUCAACACCAACGAUCUCAUGGGUGGGGCCUCGACCGGCGGGGGAAGGAAGCGAGACGAGCAAGGGCGGGGGCUUAAAUACAUCCUGUUUCUCACAGUAGACAGAGUUUGUAUAGUUGAAACGUGGCCGGCUGACAAAGUUAGAAGCAGAGAGUUAGCGGCAUUUUAUCAGUUUCUUUGCUGUUUUCAAGGCGUUUCCGAGACUUCCCGUCGACAGUGAGUUUGAUUAGCCUACAAGGUUAGCCGUUAAUCCCGUUAGAACAUCGCACACCGCUGUUUUUGCAGGAAUUCAACAAAAACCGACUUAAUUUGAGCACGUUUGAUCUCAUUGGCUAUAGUUUUGAUUUUUUUUAGACCCGAGUGUUGCGGUUAAAACCGAUAGUCAGCAUGUCAAACGCAGCGAGCAGCUCGGAGAAAACCCCCUCCUUCGAGAUGACCUGGGGCAGCUCCACCAGCAGCGGCUACUGCAGCGACGAGGACUCCGACUCCGAGUUCGAGCAGUACUUCACCGCCCGGACCUCCUUCUUUCCCAAAACACGGAAAGAUAACGUUAAUGUGAACGUGAAGAAGGUGAGACAGAGAAAUGGAGGAAAAAUAUGUUUGAAAAAUCUCUGUAAAGUAACAAAAAACGGUUUCCUUAAUGUAGUGGAAAAGGGGAAGUUGGGUCAUAAGGAAGGGCGAUGGUUGUUCCUCUUUAUUUUUUAUACACUACCUCAUUUGUCAUGUUUUUUAUGUUUGUAUGUAUUUUUCUUUUUUGUUUUUGAACACUCUUAGGGAACAAUAUGCUGCACCCAAACUUAACUUGCAGGCAAACAGUAGACCUCUGGUUCAUCCAGUUUUCAACAUAUUAAUGCAAAUGUCAACUGGUUUCAAUGCAGGUUUCAACAUAACACAGCUCGCCUGGGAACAAUUAAACCCAAAUUGCCUUUUCCAAUUGAACAAGCUCAGACCCACAGCUGAACUCUUGCUGAGAACAACUAGAAAGUCAUGAUUUGUGACGCACUAACCCGCCUCUCAAGUUUCCUGCCUUUACACCCACUUUGUUUCCCAAUGUCUCAAUCACGGUUGAGUCAUGAAUUGUUUUGGAUUUGCUCAUUUUCUGACCCUUUUGUCAGCCCACGCCUACUCAAAGAUCAUCUUUCGUUAGUGAGAAACAGAUGGAGUUACUAGAAACUCGGUGACACUAACCUUUUUUGUGCACAAGCCUUUAUUCCUGCAGCACAGUAUUUUCUGCUGUGACACUCCUUAUGUGGGCAUGUAGAGACAGUUACUGCAGGUUUGUCCUACUGUCUUUUAUUGAAAAGCUCAGCAUUACCCUUGUAUUGAUUUAUUGAUCCUUCAAAGGCAGUUUAUUAACUUUACAGUCUUCAAUUUGCCUAAGGAUAUCCACUAUUGAUUUUGUUCUGCCUAACCAUGCUUUCACCUAUCCCUCUUAGUGCUAACAACUCAACCAGGGUUGUUUUCAUUAGAAAACACAACAGCAUGAAAUAGAUUGUAGUAGGUCACAGGAACUUGAAACACAAAACCGGUUAGUGUAUCAAACAUAAAUCUGCACACGUGCAAGUAAGAGCAGCAUUUGCAAGACGUAAUUGAGAUUGACAUCCUUUCUACAAUCCUCCCUGAUCCUACUACAAGGAGUACGUUGUGGUUCAGUGGGGGAAAUAAAGUUGUGUCCCUGCAGAGUUCUGUUCAGUUUUCUCUAUGUGCAGGAAAUACCAACUGCUCAGCAAACCCAGGAAGGACCCUAAUUGAGCUAACGGUCCUACAUAUGCUUCAAAGGCCAAAUGUGCAUGACUGAAACAUGACUGGGAGCUAGUGGUUGAUGAGGCAGCUGACUUCACAGGAUGUGUCUGUAAAACAAGGGGGGACAUUGUCUCUCCCACUCAUGAGAGCCUGAGGGGGGAGGCUAUUUUUAUAUGAACACCAAGCUAAGGAAUGCAAUGCAGAACCGUUGGUCGUAGUCACUGCCAACAGCUGCACAGUUGCACAUGCACACUCGCUCUCUCUCUCUCCUCCCUGUCCUAACCCCUCCCUCUUCAUGGAGGAUCAGGGCCGACAAACAGGAUUGGGCAGAGCUGACAUCAUCGUUUUUGCAUUUGCUCUGUUGGCCGGAAGUAGUGAGUCUGAUGCAACUGGUGCUCCCUGCUAGAAACAAAGUAGCUUAACACAAAGUGGAUUUAUCAAUCUGUUUACUCCACGAUUUUACUUAGUCAUUUAAACAGCAAACAGAAUAUAUAUAUAUAUAUAAAAGGAAAUAUAGCUUGGAUUGCAUAGCUUUUGCUUUAACAUUAAAAACUUUUCAACUAGUUCUAGGUUAGUUUUCAUAUUUAUUUAAUCAGUAAUAACUCCCCAUACAAUUUCCCCCAAAUACCUUGUUUCAUACUUGGGUAAAAUACACUCAAGAGGACUAAAAUCUUUUAACACCUUAAUUAUUAUUCAUGUUCAGUAAAUAACCUUUUGAGUAUUAAUUUUGUCUGUAAAUGACUUGACUUUUUCAGUGUCCCGACCUAAUGUGUAUCCAGUAUCCAUUCAUGUAAUGGUGUAUUGUUGGUGUUUGAAAUUGAGUUUUUCUUGCCAGUGUUGUGGUUUUGAGGUGAGCACUGACAUCUGCUGGUCUAAUUCUGUAACUCUUCACUUUCUCUUCCAGGACGAACAUGUUGAAUGGGGAAAGCAGGAGUUGACAACUGCAGACAUUCAGCAGAAAGUGAAGGAAUACAACGCCCAAAUCAACAGUAAUUUGUUCAUGAACAUGGUGAGUGGUGCCGACUUACAACAGAUCCAGCAUUUUACCGUAAGAUGUUUAUUCUUUUAGCUGAACGUUGCUAUUUCUCUGCAGAACAAGGAUGGCUCCUACACUGGCUUCGUCAAAGUGCAGUUCAAGCUGGCGCGGCCUGUGUCAGUGCCUCCCCCGAAGAAAGGAAGUCAGGAAGCUGGAGGGAGGAGGGCCAGCGGAGUGAAGCGCCGCACCUCCUUCUAUCUGCCGAAGGACGCGUCCAAGCACCUGCACAUAAGCUCACGCACUUCCGCUCGCGAGGUCAUUGAGGCCUUGUUGAAAAAGUUUACUGUGGUGGACAAUCCUGGCAAGUUUGCUCUGUUUGAGCGGAGUGAGCGUCAUGACCAAGGUAUAACCGCAUUUUCCUGAUUUUAAAUGUUCUUUUUUACUUCACCUUGUUGUAGUUCACAGGUACUAUAAAUACUGUAAUAAAAAUCGGUCUUUUUUCUGUCUCAUUCAGUCUAUGUACGCAAGCUGUCUGAUGAUGAGCGGCCUCUCCGUCUGCGUCUGUCUGCUGGACCAAGUGAGAAAGUCCUCAGUUUUGUAUUGAAGGAAAAUGAAACUGGAGAAGUCAACGUGAGUGCGGAAUAAAUACUGAAAAUAGCACAAAAUUGUGAUACCAUGAAUUCACUAAUCCACCUCUCUCUUCUUACAGUGGCAUGCCUUCUCUAUGCCCGAGUUAAAGAACUUCCUGCGCAUCCUGCAGCGUGAAGAAGAGGAGCACGUGAAGCAGAUUGUGCAGCGGUACGCUCUGGCCCGCACCAAGAUGAAGGAAGCUCUCGCUGGCUCUACCCCUGGUUGAGAUGAUUCUGCAGUGGGGAUUUAAACAUGCACCUAUUGGCUGGACAAUCACCUAGAGAUGACCGGUCAUCGCUGCAUCCAAAGAUCCCGAGAUACACAACUCAAAAAAAACCACCUCUUGGGUGAACGAGAGAGUGAGACAGGGCGCAAGACAAUGAGAGAGAGCUAGCGCGAAUGUGCGUGUGAGAUGAUGCGAAAGAUGAGACGUGCCUUACACCUGGAGAGUCUGAUGUGCCUGAGAGAAUGAGUUGAGAGAAGUGAUGCCUGGCAGAUGAGGCUGUGGUUGUAUCCAGUGAUGUUCUUUUCUUACUGGGUAACAUUUGAUUAUCCGAUUUACCUCAGCUGUGUCAUUUAGACUAUCAGGGAAAUGUCGAUGAUGGUUGUAGCAUUCAAGAUGUUAAAUAUUGCAGUCAAUCAAACCCCAUCCUAUAAUAAGCAUUUAUUCAUAUGAAAGUAAAAUAAAUCUCCCCUUUUGUUGCAUAGGUAUAAAUCUGUGAAGUUUUAGAUUAACUUUAGUCGGUCCUUGAACCAUCCACCAUAAUAACCUCACAUUGACAUUUGUCCUGUAACAAAGUUAAAUACACUGAAAGAAGGUAUCUGGAUUUUCAUUUGACCCCGCCUCGAUAAUCUGCCACAUCUUCUCAUCACCCCUGAUGGGUGCAACUCUUUUUUUUAUUUUACUGUCAAUUUGUGAGCUUGACUGAUGUAUGGACAUUUGUAUGAGAUUAUGAAUGUCAGAGAGCUGUGUUGAAGUCACUCUGGUUGACUGGAAUUUUGAAUGAACACAAGUAUACAUGUCUUUCACUUUAAAACUGUCAUUCCUUUUAAAUCUGUUUUAUCCUAUCCUUUAAAGAAAAUCUCCAACUUCUGUUUUUCAGUUCACUUUGAAUGUUUGCGUCUAUGCACAGUGAAAUGUUGUAGCACACUUUAAAAUGUUGUGACGAAUGUGCACUGCGUUCAGUAAAGUCUUUACCUUUUCUACA